AUGCACGCCCGUGACUGGUUCCUUGUGUUUAUUGCAAUCUUCUUGCCUCCAGUUGCAGUCUGGAUAAAAAGAGGGUUUUUCACCAAAGACUUCCUGAUUAAUGUUUUGUUAUUUUUGCUAGGGUUCUUCCCAGGUUUGAUCCAUGCUCUAUAUGUCAUUUCAAAGCACCCUUACGAACCUAGCGGCAACGUUCUGCCAAGAAGCCAGGGUUAUGGUUCUCUGUCUUAA